AAGAUGAUAAAGAUUAUGCUUUAAAGCAAAUAGAAGGUACUGGAAUUUCUAUGUCUGCAUGCAGAGAAAUAGCAUUGCUGCGGGAGCUCAAGCAUCCAAAUGUCAUUUCUCUGCAAAAGGUGUUUCUUUCUCAUGCUGACAGGAAAGUGUGGCUUCUCUUUGACUACGCUGAGCAUGACCUCUGGCAUAUAAUCAAGUUUCACAGGGCUUCUAAAGCAAACAAGAAACCAGUUCAGUUACCUCGGGGAAUGGUGAAGUCACUGUUAUAUCAGAUCCUAGAUGGUAUUCACUACCUGCAUGCUAACUGGGUGUUACACAGGGAUUUGAAACCUGCUAAUAUUUUAGUUAUGGGUGAAGGUCCUGAGCGAGGAAGAGUAAAAAUUGCUGACAUGGGCUUUGCCCGAUUAUUUAAUUCACCUCUGAAGCCUUUAGCAGACUUGGAUCCAGUAGUUGUAACGUUCUGGUAUCGUGCUCCAGAGUUGCUUCUCGGAGCAAGGCAUUAUACCAAAGCUAUUGAUAUUUGGGCCAUAGGGUGUAUAUUUGCAGAGCUGCUAACAUCAGAGCCAAUAUUCCAUUGUCGACAAGAAGAUAUCAAAACUAGUAAUCCUUAUCACCAUGACCAGCUGGACAGAAUAUUCAAUGUAAUGGGAUUUCCUGCAGAUAAAGAUUGGGAAGACAUAAAAAAGAUGCCCGAACAUUCAACCUUAAUGAAAGAUUUCCGGAGAAACACGUAUACCAACUGCAGCCUUAUCAAAUAUAUGGAAAAACAUAAAGUUAAACCAGAUAGUAAGGCAUUCCACUUGCUUCAGAAAUUGCUCACUAUGGAUCCAAUAAAGAGAAUUACCUCAGAACAGGCUAUGCAGGAUCCCUAUUUCUUAGAAGAUCCUCUUCCCACAUCCGAUGUUUUUGCAGGUUGUCAAAUCCCUUACCCAAAACGAGAAUUUUUAACAGAAGAAGAACCAGAUGAUAAAGGAGACAAAAAGAACCAGCAGCAGCAGCAGGGCAAUAACCAUACUAAUGGAACUGGUCAUCCAGGGAACCAAGACAACAGUCACACACAGGGACCCCCACUGAAAAAAGUGAGAGUUGUUCCUCCUACCACUACCUCAGGUGGACUUAUUAUGACCUCAGACUAUCAGCGUUCCAACCCCCAUGCUGCCUACCCCAACCCCGGACCAAGCACAUCACAGCCACAGAGCAGCAUGGGAUAUUCAACUACCUCCCAGCAGCCGCCACAGUACUCGCAUCAGACACAUCGGUACUGAGCUGCAUCCCAAUAAUAACGUCAAUGCACUGUUGCUAAUGCUGCAGGACCGGCCGCACAGCUGCCUGCCUGGAACCCGGCUUGGGCCACGAGAAUGUACUGUACAACCACACCUCCAACCUGUCCGACCGCCACGAUCCACCCCCUUCCACAGAGCGGAGUAGUGGCUCCCAAAUUGUACCUGUUUUUGGGGUUAGACUUGAAAAGAAAGUGCUAGCACAGUUUGUGUUGUGGAUAUGCUACUUCCAUAGUUUACUUGACAUGGUUCAGACUGACCGAUGCAUUUUUUUCAGUGACAGUCUGUAGCAGUUGAAGCUGUGAAAUGUGCUAGGGGCAAGCAUUUUUGUUGUCGUAUGUGGUGAAUUCUCUUGAUGUAACAACUUUAUCUGACCAAUAGUACACAACAUCUUUGAACUGGUACUUGAAGCAUACAGUAUAUGUUACCAUGGCAAAAAAGCAAACUAACCGUGACUCUGACACAAUUUUGAUAGACGUUUAUUUUUAGUGACUUUUGUGGGUUGGUUCAUUUUCCACCUAGAUCAAUGUUUUAUGACCGACACAAUUUUUUUGUUUUUGUUUUUAAAUCUAUGACUUGACUGGUAUUAAAGCUGCUAUUUGAUAGUAAAAUAAGUAUGUUGUCAUUGAUAUAAACAUGUUUGGUUCAGCAAACAAACUGAAAUGAUUGUCAUAGACAGUGUUUUAUUUUUUUCCUGUUCGUGUUAAUGAUUUGUGAGCAUGCUUUGGGAUUAAAAAAGCAUGAAUGAUAUUUCCUAAAAAGGUGCGGCAUCCAUUCAGAUAUUUCGUCAUGAUUUUUGAGAACCAGCUUGGUGUAGUGGAUUUUAAGUUUUGUUCAGUUAAUUAUUUUUUUUAAAUGUUCGCACGUUGUUUAGGGGUGCCAUUCCUACAACAGAGGAUCAAGGUGUUAGGAGAGCCUUAGAAUUUAUGAGGAAAACCAAUGUACUGUAUCAAACUAUUUUACAUGAAUGACGCAAGUAUUCUGAAUUAAAAAAAAAAAUCAAACAUUGUUAAAACAAGGUGUUAUGUAAUAAAUUUAUUUUUCAUAAAUCUACA